AUGUUGGAAUCAACUGAUACAAUUGUGGAGAAGAAGCGGAGAUUUCCAAAAUCUAUACCAUUUAUACUCAUUCUUUCAUUACUUGAGAGGGUUAGUUCGAUUGGAAGUAGUUCAAUUCUUCUUCUGUAUUUGUACACAAAACUGAAUUUCGAUCAGGCUACGUCAACCGCUUUAUUUCAUACAAAUGAAUUUCUUGCAUAUUUUUUCCCUAUUUUCGGUGCAAUAAUUGCUGAAAGUUAUUUUGGAAUAUUUAAAACUCUUUUGGCGGGUUCCAUAUUAUUUUUUACUGGAACUGCAAUUGUUGCCAUCGGGGCUGUUGAAUUUUUAAAUCUUCCUGUCAUAUCACUCACAAUUUUUGGAUUAUUUAUGGCUGUGGUUGGGAUGGGAUUUCUUCGUGGAAACAUAACAGCUUUUGGUGGAAAUCAAUACAAGUUGCCAGAGGAGCAGAAUUCCUUGCAGCUAUUCUUUUCAUAUCAAAUCAUGUUCAUCAAAGGUGGAGCUUUAGUGAGUCGAAUUUUCAGUCCAGUUAUGCGACAAGAUGUAAAGUGUUUUGGGGCUAAUGACUGUUAUCCUUUUGCGUUUGGAUUCACGUCAAUCAUGAUGUUGUUGGCAUUUUUGACGAUUCUAGCUGGAAGACCAUUUUACAGUCAUCGAAAAGUUACAGAUAAUGUUUUUAAAAAGAUUUGUGGAUGUGUGAUUUAUAGUUUAAAGGAAAAGCUAUUUAUGGGAAGUAAGAUCAAAAGGGAUCAUUGGCUGGAUUAUGCUGAUACUCAGUAUGAAAAAGGAUUAAUAGAGGAUACAAAAAAAAUUGUCAGAAUUUUGAAGCUUUUCUCGCCUAUUCCAUUUUAUUGGGCUGUAUACAUGCAACAGAGUUCAAGAUGGAUUUUUCAAGCUACAAGAAUGGACGGUGAUUUAGGAUUCUAUCAAAUCAAACCUGAUCAAAUGAUAGCAUUUAAUCCAAUGUCUUGUAUAUUUCUAAUGCCACUCUGCAACUACUUAAUCUAUCCAUUAUUGACUAAAUUCAAGAUUGGCGGACUUCUAUCCAAAAUUACAAUUGGUGGAUUUAUAUGCUGCAGUGCAUUUGUCAUCGCAAUCAUCAUUGAACUUAAAAUCCAAAAUUCUGACCAUCCAAUUUCAAUGUUAUGGCUUGUUCCUCAAUUUGUUGUCAUUUCAUUGAGCGAAAAUUUCUUUUUUGUUGCACUUUUAAAUUUCGCAUACACCGAGGGACCUGCCAGCAUGAAAUCAAUCAUGACAGCGUGUGUCUUCACAACAAUUGCCAUCGGUAACAUAAUGGUGACGUUAAUUAGCGGUGCAAAAAUCUUUUCGUCUCAAGUUUACGAGUUUACAUUCUUCCUCGUCAUUUUAUUUAUUGCCGUUAUUUUAUUUUCGAUUCUGGCUGCAAAAUUCAGAAAAUCGCAGCGUAAUGAAAGUGCGACUUGUGUAAAUUAG